AUGUUUUCGGCAACAAAAGAUUUCAUGAACAAAGAAGCACCUCCAAAUUAUGUUGCAGGCUUGGGUAGAGGUGCAACUGGUUUUACCACACGUUCAGAUAUAGGGCCUGCCAGAGAAGGACCUACUGAUUUCAGUGGAUCUGAAAGAGAUCCCGAUAAUGAAACAGGUCUUUUUGCUUCUGCACCAUAUGAAGAAGAUGACGAAGAAGCAGAUAAGAUUUACGAAGCAAUUGAUUUGAAAAUGGAUGAGCGUAGAAAAGCUAGAAGAGAAGCUCGUGAAAAACAAGAAUUGGAAAAAUAUCGUGCAGAAAGACCAAAAAUUCAACAACAAUUUGCUGAUUUAAAAAGAGGCCUUGCUGCUGUUACAGAUGUUGAAUGGGCAAAUUUACCAGAAGUUGGUGAUCUUGUUGGAAAAAAUCGUAAAAAAACUAAUUUAAGAGAAAGAUAUUAUGCUGUCCCAGAUUCACUGUUGGAAAAAUCUAGAGAAGAUAAUCAAUAUAUUACCACUUUGGACGCUCAACAACAAAAAUUUGGCGGUUUCCAAACACCUGCACCAGAUUCUGGAAUGAUGACUAAUUUUAUCGAGAUUGGACAAGCAAGAGAUAAAGUUCUAAGUUUGAAAUUGGAUCAAAUUUCAGAUUCUGUUAGUGGUCAGACUACUGUUGAUCCAAAAGGCUAUUUAACAGAUUUAAAUAGUGUAGUUAUUAAAAGUGAUGCUGAAAUAGGUGAUAUCAAGAAGGCUCGGCUUUUAUUGAAUUCGGUAAUUUCAACAAAUCCAAAACACGCGCCUGGUUGGAUUGCAGCAGCACGUUUAGAAGAAGUUGCUGGUAAAUUAUCACAAGCUAGAACUAUAAUCGCUAAAGGCUGUGAAGAAUGUCCUAAAAAUGAGGACGUAUGGUUGGAAGCAGCUCGCUUGAACAAUGCUGAUACUGCUAGAACUAUAUUAGCAAAUGCUGUUAGGCAUCUUCCACAAUCAGUUAAAAUUUGGUUGCAAGCUGUAAAAUUAGAAACUGUUCCUAAAAAUCAAAAACAAGUUCUUAGGAGGGCGUUAGAAUUUGUACCCAAUUCUGUGAAACUUUGGAAAGCCGCUGUCAAUAUGGAAGAAGACCCAGCUGAUGCUUGUAUAUUGUUGGGUCGUGCAACUGAAUUGGUUCCUCUUUCUGUUGAUUUGUGGUUGGCGCUUGCAAGACUUGAGAGUUAUGAAAAUGCCAAAAAAGUCCUUAAUCGUGCUCGUACUUUUAUACCCACAUCCCAUGAAAUAUGGAUAGCAGCAGCUCGCCUUGAAGAACAACAAGGAAACGAAAAAAUGACAGACAAAAUCAUUGCUCGUGCAGUAACUGUCCUAUCAGAAAAGGGUACUGUUUUAGGUAGAGAGCAAUGGUUACAAGAGGCUGAAAAAUGUGAAAAAGAGGGUAGCAUUGGAACUUGCCAAGCCAUGGUAAGAAAUACUAUUGGUAUGGGAAUUGAACAACAAGACAAAAAAGCUAUUUGGAUGGAAGAUGCUGAAAGUUGUGUGUCACAUGGCUCAAUUGAAACCGCUAGAGCUAUAUAUGCUCAAGCGUUAAAAACUUUCCCUGGUAAAAAAUCAAUCUGGAGAAGAGCUGCCUUUCUUGAAAAGUCGCAUGGCACAAGAGAAUCCUUGGAAGAAUUACUUCAACGUGCUGUAAGAUUUUGUCCACAAGCUGAGGUCCUUUGGUUAAUGGGAGCUAAAGAGAAAUGGUUAUCUGGUGAUGUUAAUGGUGCAAGAUAUAUUUUAACUGAGGCUUUCAAAGCCAACUCAAAUAGCGAACAAAUAUGGCUAGCUGCUGUGAAACUAGAAGCUGAAAAUGGAGAAUAUGAACGUGCAAGAGUUUUGUUACAAAGAGCUAGAGAACAAGCAGGCACAGAAAAAGUAUGGAUGAAAUCCAUUGUGUUGGAACGUCAACUUAAUAAGAUAACAGAAGCUUUGUCUAUGUUGGAUGAAGCUUUACAAAAGUUCCCUACUUUUGAUAAACUUUGGAUGAUCAAAGGACAAAUCGAAGACGAAAAUGGAGGAUUGAUGAGAUUGUAA